AUGCCCGACGCACGCGACAGCACCCCUCAUGGUGAGGGGCGCUCACCUUCCCCGGGCGAGAAGCGCCCUGCGUCCGAGAUUGAUACAGAUCCGGAGGGCGGCGUGAGCAUGGACACCAGCGAGGAUAACUCCACUCCGAACAUCGACGAUCAGGUCGCUCAGAUUUCUAUGCUGAUGCAGCAGCCUCCGCGGGAUGGUCAGAAGGGUUAUCUGAUAUCUACAUCUUGGUUGAAGAAGAUCCUUGCGCGGAGCAGCACUCACGCCGACAAAGCCGACAAGGAAUCGUUGCAGAGCGAGCUAGGCCCAGUUGACAACUCUGACAUCGUUCUCGACCUCGGCCCGCUGAAGCGCGACUUCAAGGAUGAGAAGGGUGACCAUUUCGUUCCGCUGCGCCCUGGUCUGCAGCUCAGCGAGGAUUACGAGGUUGUUCCGCAGAAUGCCUGGGAUCUCAUCAUGAAGUGGUACGGCAUUGCUGAUCAGUCACCCGUCAUCGUGCGCUAUGCCCACAACACCAACCCAGAUGGCGUUGAGAACAUUCUCUACGAACUCAACCCUCCGAUCUACACUAUCUUCAAGCUUUCCAACCCCGCGGCGGGGACUACCUCCCAAGUCCUCCGCGAGAAGAGUCUUCCGCCUGCCAAGGUAUUGGCAGCCCGCGACACUCGCUAUAUGAAGUGGCUGAAGGAAGCUAAGCAACUGGCCGGCAUUGAGAUGGCGAGCAAGGUUCGCGUAUGGAAGAUAAUGGGAGGCAUCCCCAGUGCCGAGCCGUCCACCGCAACUACUCCGGCUGUCUCUCGCACUGCUUCUCCUGCACCUACAUCGGCUCUUAUCUCGAACCAGCACAAGAGCCUGGUUCUUGAUCUCAGCACUUUUCUUGCCUUGAACGAAUCUUGUCGCGAGAAAAUCGAAAUUCUAGACCAGACUAAUAAUGCCAAUUAUAACGGCAAGAUGUCUAUGAGCAUGGCUGGCUUGAUCGGUACCGACGUGGUUGUUCUGGAAGAGCAGGUUGCCGGGUCCAAGGGCGGUAAGUGGGUGUCUGAGGCGUCUCACCAAACACUGCAACGUGCCGGUCUUUCUGUAGAGAAGGCUGAAAAGCCUGAAAAGUCCAAAAAAGAGCUUGCCUCCGCCGCUGCUAUCACCACCUCCACCACACACAGCCCGGCGACCAGUGGUCGAUCGAGCCCAGUUUCUGAGAUACCUCGCGGCCGGAAGAAGGGUGGUCGGCCUAUGGGCCUGACAGGUCUCUCGAACCUUGGCAAUACAUGUUAUCAGAAUGCCGCAACUCAAUGUCUUCGAGCUGUCGAGGAACUGAGUUACUACUUCUUGAGCAAUGCGCACAAGAAGGAGCUGAACCACAACAACCCCCUCGGGCACAAGGGUUUGCUCGCCAAGUCGUACGCUGACCUUAUUCAAUCCAUUUAUGUCGAGCCGACACCGUCAUCGGUUACUCCUAACCGAUUCCGAAAUAUGAUUGGCCGGUGUAAUCCGGUCAUGUCUGGUUUCGAGCAGCAUGACAGCCAGGAAUUCUUGAUGUUCCUUCUGGACGGUCUUUCAGAAGAUCUUAACCGAAUUCUGAAGAAGCCGUACAUUGAGAAGCCUGAUUCCACCGACGAAAUGGUUCACAACAGGAAAGCACUAGAAGAAUUUGCUGCGAAGCAAUGGGAUAUCUACAAGGCCCGCAACGACUCUGUAGUCUGCGAUCUCUUCGCCGGCAUGUACAAAUCGACUUUGGUUUGCCCCGAUUGUCACAAAGUCAGCAUCAUCUUCGAUCCUUUCAGCAACCUGACCCUCCCCAUCCCGGAACCUCAAAUUGUCUUCAAGCAGGUCGUCUACAUGGCACUUGACAAGCCUCCCGUGGCUUUCACCGUUGAGGCUAACAAGAGCCGCCCCGUUCUGGACUGGUACAAGUCUGUUGCCAUGCGGAGCGCACGUGAUGUCGAUGCCAGCAGAUUGAUCUCCGGAGAUGUGAUGGGUUCGACCUUCUUCCACAUUCAUGAAGAGCCCCAUGUCUCUUACGAUCAACUUGGUAUUCGACAGGAUGAUAAGAUCACCUUUAUGGAACUGGAUACUCCCAAGGAGAAAUCCAUUCUCAUUCCCAUUUUCCACCGAAAGAAUGACGUCAAUCAAUAUACCAAGCGAGCCAAGAGAACGCCUUUUGCUACACCGACUAUCAUUUCUCUCACUCGCCAGGAGUCUCAGGAUCUGGCCACCAUCUACCAGAAGAUUCUGCGCCAUGUUGCCACGAUGACCACCCGUGACAUUCUCAAUGAGACCCAGCUUGAAUCAGACCGGGGUCAACAGACCCCCGAAGAUGCUGACACCGUCGUGAUGACUGAGGACGAUGCUCAGUCUGUUGACUCCAGAAUUAAGACAUCAUCCGUCGAAGGCGAAGACAGCAUUGUCGAUGUUUCAAUGCAGGAUGCGGCCCAGACUCCCAGUGCUACCACCGACGACACCGAUGUCAUUGAUGCACCGCCGGCUCACCCCUUGGCCAACUCCUUCGCACCCGGUCUCUUGAAUCUCUUUGAUGUCCGCGUUGUGCCCCAACGCCAACGCCAGAGUGGCACUAUUCCCGAUGGUCACUCGCUAGACACGGCCAAGCAAUACCAAUCUCUGAUGACUCGAGCCAAGGAUGUUGAAAAGUCCCACGGCUCUCCCGACGACAACAGUGAUGAGUAUAGCGACACCGAUGGUUCUGACAGUGAGUCUCACGGUGCCUCCGCUUGGGGCCUAGUCAAGCAAGGCGAGGCGAUUGUUCUUGACUGGAACGACGAUGCCAGAGACGCUCUGUUCGGUGGAAACAAAAAGCAGAACGAUCUACGAGGCGUUGCUACCUACACUGACGCCAACAUCGAGAUUCCUAAGGAUCCCGAGAUCAUCGCUCGGCGUGCCCAGGUCGACUCAGAUAAGGCUAAGGGUACUACUCUCGACCAGUGUCUGGACGAGUUCAGUAAAGUUGAAAUACUUGGUGAGAAUGACGCAUGGUAUUGCCCCAACUGCAAAGGCUUUGUUCAGGCCAGCAAGCAGUUCGAGCUUUGGUCGGCCCCCGAUAUCCUUGUGGUGCACCUGAAGCGCUUUGGAAGCCUGCGCCGAAAGCUGACUACCAAAGUCCGCUUCCCGGUCACUGAUCUCGACCUGACUGACCGAGUCACGGGCCCUGAGGAUGGGCGGUCACUGAAGUACGACCUCAUCGGCGUCGAUUGUCACACCGGUGGCAUGGGCGGUGGACAUUACUAUGCUCACGCCAAGAACUUCAUAACCGGUGAAUGGUGCAAUUUCAACGACAGCUUCGCCCGCGUUAUCGACGACCCCGAGGAUGUGAUUACUCCGCAGGCAUAUCUUCUGUUCUACCGCCGCCAGAGCUCUGAGCCUCUUGGCGGACCUGAACUGCAAAAGAUUGUUUCAAAGUACCGGAAGGGACUUGCAGAGCCUGACAUGGAGAUCUCGCGCGAACCCUCUCCGUCGGGGGACCGCCAGCGCCUCGGCGGCUCGCCCAAUGGAUCAUCGAGCGAUUCAGCCGGAGCCGAAGCAACUCGCCCAUCGGGCGAUGAUGAGAAUUUGCAGUCGUUGGAUAAGAUGCUAGCGCGGCCAUCGUGGUCAUUUGAUCGUACCAACAACUCGCCCUCCUUUGGAGAGGCCACCACCAAUGACGCGGACGCCGAUCUGUUCGGAGAUAAUGACAGCACCGCUGCUGUUGGAGAUGGAAACUCGGAGGCUGAUACCCGUCUCGACGAUCUUAGCUCCCGCCCUGCUUCCGUCCAAGAGGGUUCUUUCGAGGAUGUUCCUCCUCCCCUUCUUGGGGACGACUCUGAUGAUGAACUCCCUGUCGUUGAAUUGCGCGUCGGCGAUGACGCCAAAAUGAACACUGAUGCUUGA